AUGCGUCUUCCCGAGAUAACCUUGUCGCUAUGUGCGCUGCUGCUGUUAGGACCAUCCAGCGUAGCAUCUUUCUACCUCCCAGGAGUCGCACCGACGAAUUACCAAACCGGAGACCGAGUACCCCUCACAGUCAACCGCCUAACGCCCUCCCAAUCAGAACAAGACACCCAAGUCCGAUCCGUCUUCGCCUUCGACUACUACCACCAUGCCUUCCACCACUGCGAGCCAGAAGGCGGUCCUAAGCAAAAGAGCGAGAGUCUAGGAAGCAUCCUGUUCGGAGACCGUAUCCAGACUUCCCCGCUGGAACUAUACAUGGGCAAGAAUGAGUCUUGCAAGGCUGUCUGCGGAAAACAGACUUUCCAAGCUCGCGACAGCAAGUUUGUGAAUCGUCGCAUCUUGCAGAACUACAAUGUCAAUUGGAACAUUGAUGGCCUGCCGGCUGCGCAAAAGAUGAUUGAUGCCAACAACGACAUCUUCUACAGUCCUGGCUUUGCCCUGGGUCAGGUACAUGGUGUUGAGACGCAGACUCCUGUCCUCAAUACCCACUAUAACAUAUACGCAGAAUUCCAUGAGGCUGCUCAAGGUCAAUUCCGCGUUGUUGGUGUCUUGGUCGAGCCGGCAUCAUCAUCGGAAUCCAAGCUGUUGGAUGAUGGCAAGGUUCAAUGCGGAGAUAUCGCCCACCCUCUCAUUCUGUCCGAGAAGGAUGCUACAGAUGUUGUCUGGACAUACAGCGUUUACUGGAUACCCUCGCCCACUUCCUUUGCUACCCGUUGGGACAAAUACCUGCACGUUUACGACUCACGCAUCCACUGGGUUUCGCUGACCAUCUCUGCCAUGAUCGUCGUCGCUCUUGUCGGCAUGGUCUCUACCAUCCUCCUCCGUACUCUGCGCAAGGAUAUCGCCCGCUACAACCGCCUCGAUGACCUCGGCCUCGACGACUUUGGCGAGACCAACCUUGACGACACAGUGCAAGAAGACUCUGGUUGGAAGCUGGUACACGGCGAUGUCUUCCGCCCACCAAAGCAUCCCAUGAUCUUGUCGAUUCUGGUCGGUAACGGCGCCCAGCUCUUCAUGAUGACCGGUUUCACCAUUGCUUUUGCUCUGCUUGGUUUCUUGUCCCCCUCCAACCGUGGAUCGCUGACUACGGUAAUGGUUAUGCUGUAUACCUUCUUCGGCGCCGUUGGAGGAUAUGUCUCCGCAAGAGUUUACAAGUUCUUCCACGGAGACGCUUGGAAGCAGAAUAUUGCUUACACACCACUGCUUGUCCCUGGCACUGUGUUUAGUGUGUUUUUCCUGCUCAAUCUUUUCGUCUGGGCUCGUCAAUCGUCUGGAGCUGUGCCUUUUACUACUAUGCUUGCGCUUAUCAGUAUUUGGUUCUUGAUCUCGGUGCCUCUGUCUGUCGGUGGUUCGUGGCUGGGCUUCCGCGCUCCUGAGUCCACACCCCCUGUCCGCACCAACCAGAUCCCCCGCCAGAUCCCUCCGUCCACUGGUUAUCUCCGCCCUCUGCCUUCCAUGUUCCUCGUCGGCAUUCUCCCCUUCGGCGCCAUUUUCCUCGAGCUGUAUUUCAUCAUCAGCAGUAUCUGGUUUAGCAGAAUCUACUACAUGUUUGGAUUCCUGUUCCUCUGUUACGGUCUCAUGAUUGUAACCUCCGCUGCUGUUACCAUCUUGAUGGUUUACUUUGCACUAUGCGCGGAGAAUUAUCAUUGGCAAUGGAGGGCUUUCUUCACAUCUGGCGCAUCCGCCAUUUAUGUGUUUUUGUAUGCCAUGCUUUAUUGGGUGAGGACUUUGAGUUUUACGAGUUGGACCAGUGGGGUGCUUUAUCUGGGGUAUAGUGCAUUAAUCAGUGCGUUGUGGUUCGUGUUGACUGGUACCAUUGGAUUUGUGGCUACGUGGGCAUUUGUGUAUAGGAUCUAUGGGUCGCUCAAGAUUGAUUGA